AUGGUGGUCGAAACGCGACGGGGUAAGAGGAAGGAGAAUCCAACGGAGGAAGAGGCUCCGAGAGUGAAGUUUGCAAAGACGGGGUCCGGAGAAAAUGUGGAGAAGACGACGACGGAGGAGAGUGAAACGAGGGCGGUGGAGAUUGUUGAAUCGACGGCAAAGACGACGGAUGAAUCGACGGCAAAGACGAAGACGGCGGAUGUCUCGACGGAGAAGACGAGAAAGGACUCGACGGAGAAUACGGCGGAGAUAACGGAGCCGAGUAAUGUGGCUGCAAAAGCUGUUCCGACGACACUGAACAAAGGUCCUGGAGAUGAAGAGAAUGAGGAAACCGCUUCUGGAGAUGAAGAGAAUGAGGAUUCUGAAGAAGAACCUCCAGAUGAAGAGAACGAAGUGAAUGCACAUUCGGAAGAAGAACAAGCAAAUGGAGAAGGAGAAGAGGAAGCAAACGAGAAUGGGAAUCCACCUGAACCUCAGGAUUUGGAUGGAAAUGAGGCACCCGAGGCAAUCAAACCAACCAGAAUGUUCUUCAAUCCAUCUGAGUACAAGAAAAAAAUAAAGCUAGGGACGAGGUGCAUGAUAGCUAGCGCGAUUAAGACGCUAAGCAAUCUGAAACCGAAGCUGUCUAACGCGGAGUGGAACUGGUUCACAGAGUAUCCUCAAUUCAGACAUAUUUUCCACAUGAAAAGCGAGAACAACCACAGGGUUCAGGGAAUGUGGAUGUUGUUGAUGCAUACUGCCGGUAGCGAGAGGCGGAGAGAAGUGUGGUUCAUUGUGAAUGGCGUUGUCAUCCGUUAUGGGCUGAGGGAACACGGUUUGAUGGAACAACUAUCCUCUUGGCUACAAAAAGCUUGGUGGGACGAAGUUCGUUGA